AUGGAUCCCAGGGCUAGUGGAAGACGAUCUGUUGAAAAUCUACUGAUUGAGCAUCGGAAUGUACAGAAUGGAAGUGACCGGGGAAGGUCAUCUGACUCUGAGGGUAGAAUGGUCGAUGAAAGUUUCAAUGAAAUAGAAGAAAUACCACUGGAUCGUGUAGCAUCCAGGGCUAGUGGAAGAAGAUCUGUUGAAAAUGCUACUGAUGAGCAUCGGAAUGUACAGAAUGGAAGUGACCGGGGAAGGUCAUCUGACUCUGAGGGUAGAAUGGUCGAUGAAAGUUUCAAUGAAAUAGAAGAAAUACCACUGGAUCGUGUAGCAGUAGAUGAUAAUGGAUCCAGGGCUAGUGGAAGAAGAUCUGUUGAAAAUGCUACUGAUGAGCAUCGGAAUGUACAGAAUGGAAGUGACCGGGGAAGGUCAUCUGACUCUGAGGGUAGAAUGGUCGAUGAAAGUUUCAAUGAAAUAGAAGAAAUACCACUGGAUCGUGUAGCAGUAGAUGAUAAUGGAUCCAGGGCUAGUGGAAGAAGAUCUGUUGAAAAUGCUACUGAUGAGCAUCGGAAUGUACAGAAUGGAAGUGACCGGGGAAGGUCAUCUGACUCUGAGGGUAGAAUGGUCGAUGAAAGUUUCAAUGAAAUAGAAGAAAUACCACUGGAUCGUGUAGCAGUAGAUGAUAAUGGAUCCAGGGCUAGUGGAAGAAGAUCUGUUGAAAAUGCUACUGAUGAGCAUCGGAAUGUACAGAAUGGAAGUGACCGGGGAAGGUCAUCUGACUCUGAGGGUAGAAUGGUCGAUGAAAGUUUCAAUGAAAUAGAAGAAAUACCACUGGAUCGUGUAGCAGUAGAUGAUAAUGGAUCCAGGGCUAGUGGAAGAAGAUCUGUUGAAAAUGCUACUGAUGAGCAUCGGAAUGUACAGAAUGGAAGUGACCGGGGAAGGUCAUCUGACUCUGAGGGUAGAAUGGUCGAUGAAAGUUUCAAUGAAAUAGAAGAAAUACCACUGGAUCGUGUAGCAGUAGAUGAUAAUGGAUCCAGGGCUAGUGGAAGAAGAUCUGUUGAAAAUGCUACUGAUGAGCAUCGGAAUGUACAGAAUGGAAGUGACCGGGGAAGGUCAUCUGACUCUGAGGGUAGAAUGGUCGAUGAAAGUUUCAAUGAAAUAGAAGAAAUACCACUGGAUCGUGUAGCAGUAGAUGAUAAUGGAUCCAGGGCUAGUGGAAGAAGAUCUGUUGAAAAUGCUACUGAUGAGCAUCGGAAUGUACAGAAUGGAAGUGACCGGGGAAGGUCAUCUGACUCUGAGGGUAGAAUGGUCGAUGAAAGUUUCAAUGAAAUAGAAGAAAUACCACUGGAUCGUGUAGCAGUAGAUGAUAAUGGAUCCAGGGCUAGUGGAAGAAGAUCUGUUGAAAAUGCUACUGAUGAGCAUCGGAAUGUACAGAAUGGAAGUGACCGGGGAAGGUCAUCUGACUCUGAGGGUAGAAUGGUCGAUGAAAGUUUCAAUGAAAUAGAAGAAAUACCACUGGAUCGUGUAGCAGUAGAUGAUAAUGGAUCCAGGGCUAGUGGAAGAAGAUCUGUUGAAAAUGCUACUGAUGAGCAUCGGAAUGUACAGAAUGGAAGUGACCGGGGAAGGUCAUCUGACUCUGAGGGUAGAAUGGUCGAUGAAAGUUUCAAUGAAAUAGAAGAAAUACCACUGGAUCGUGUAGCAGUAGAUGAUAAUGGAUCCAGGGCUAGUGGAAGAAGAUCUGUUGAAAAUGCUACUGAUGAGCAUCGGAAUGUACAGAAUGGAAGUGACCGGGGAAGGUCAUCUGACUCUGAGGGUAGAAUGGUCGAUGAAAGUUUCAAUGAAAUAGAAGAAAUACCACUGGAUCGUGUAGCAGUAGAUGAUAAUGGAUCCAGGGCUAGUGGAAGAAGAUCUGUUGAAAAUGCUACUGAUGAGCAUCGGAAUGUACAGAAUGGAAGUGACCGGGGAAGGUCAUCUGACUCUGAGGGUAGAAUGGUCGAUGAAAGUUUCAAUGAAAUAGAAGAAAUACCACUGGAUCGUGUAGCAGUAGAUGAUAAUGGAUCCAGGGCUAGUGGAAGAAGAUCUGUUGAAAAUGCUACUGAUGAGCAUCGGAAUGUACAGAAUGGAAGUGACCGGGGAAGGUCAUCUGACUCUGAGGGUAGAAUGGUCGAUGAAAGUUUCAAUGAAAUAGAAGAAAUACCACUGGAUCGUGUAGCAGUAGAUGAUAAUGGAUCCAGGGCUAGUGGAAGAAGAUCUGUUGAAAAUGCUACUGAUGAGCAUCGGAAUGUACAGAAUGGAAGUGACCGGGGAAGGUCAUCUGACUCUGAGGGUAGAAUGGUCGAUGAAAGUUUCAAUGAAAUAGAAGAAAUACCACUGGAUCGUGUAGCAGUAGAUGAUAAUGGAUCCAGGGCUAGUGGAAGAAGAUCUGUUGAAAAUGCUACUGAUGAGCAUCGGAAUGUACAGAAUGGAAGUGACCGGGGAAGGUCAUCUGACUCUGAGGGUAGAAUGGUCGAUGAAAGUUUCAAUGAAAUAGAAGAAAUACCACUGGAUCGUGUAGCAGUAGAUGAUAAUGGAUCCAGGGCUAGUGGAAGAAGAUCUGUUGAAAAUGCUACUGAUGAGCAUCGGAAUGUACAGAAUGGAAGUGACCGGGGAAGGUCAUCUGACUCUGAGGGUAGAAUGGUCGAUGAAAGUUUCAAUGAAAUAGAAGAAAUACCACUGGAUCGUGUAGCAGUAGAUGAUAAUGGAUCCAGGGCUAGUGGAAGAAGAUCUGUUGAAAAUGCUACUGAUGAGCAUCGGAAUGUACAGAAUGGAAGUGACCGGGGAAGGUCAUCUGACUCUGAGGGUAGAAUGGUCGAUGAAAGUUUCAAUGAAAUAGAAGAAAUACCACUGGAUCGUGUAGCAGUAGAUGAUAAUGGAUCCAGGGCUAGUGGAAGAAGAUCUGUUGAAAAUGCUACUGAUGAGCAUCGGAAUGUACAGAAUGGAAGUGACCGGGGAAGGUCAUCUGACUCUGAGGGUAGAAUGGUCGAUGAAAGUUUCAAUGAAAUAGAAGAAAUACCACUGGAUCGUGUAGCAGUAGAUGAUAAUGGAUCCAGGGCUAGUGGAAGAAGAUCUGUUGAAAAUGCUACUGAUGAGCAUCGGAAUGUACAGAAUGGAAGUGACCGGGGAAGGUCAUCUGACUCUGAGGGUAGAAUGGUCGAUGAAAGUUUCAAUGAAAUAGAAGAAAUACCACUGGAUCGUGUAGCAGUAGAUGAUAAUGGAUCCAGGGCUAGUGGAAGAAGAUCUGUUGAAAAUGCUACUGAUGAGCAUCGGAAUGUACAGAAUGGAAGUGACCGGGGAAGGUCAUCUGACUCUGAGGGUAGAAUGGUCGAUGAAAGUUUCAAUGAAAUAGAAGAAAUACCACUGGAUCGUGUAGCAGUAGAUGAUAAUGGAUCCAGGGCUAGUGGAAGAAGAUCUGUUGAAAAUGCUACUGAUGAGCAUCGGAAUGUACAGAAUGGAAGUGACCGGGGAAGGUCAUCUGACUCUGAGGGUAGAAUGGUCGAUGAAAGUUUCAAUGAAAUAGAAGAAAUACCACUGGAUCGUGUAGCAGUAGAUGAUAAUGGAUCCAGGGCUAGUGGAAGAAGAUCUGUUGAAAAUGCUACUGAUGAGCAUCGGAAUGUACAGAAUGGAAGUGACCGGGGAAGGUCAUCUGACUCUGAGGGUAGAAUGGUCGAUGAAAGUUUCAAUGAAAUAGAAGAAAUACCACUGGAUCGUGUAGCAGUAGAUGAUAAUGGAUCCAGGGCUAGUGGAAGAAGAUCUGUUGAAAAUGCUACUGAUGAGCAUCGGAAUGUACAGAAUGGAAGUGACCGGGGAAGGUCAUCUGACUCUGAGGGUAGAAUGGUCGAUGAAAGUUUCAAUGAAAUAGAAGAAAUACCACUGGAUCGUGUAGCAGUAGAUGAUAAUGGAUCCAGGGCUAGUGGAAGAAGAUCUGUUGAAAAUGCUACUGAUGAGCAUCGGAAUGUACAGAAUGGAAGUGACCGGGGAAGGUCAUCUGACUCUGAGGGUAGAAUGGUCGAUGAAAGUUUCAAUGAAAUAGAAGAAAUACCACUGGAUCGUGUAGCAGUAGAUGAUAAUGGAUCCAGGGCUAGUGGAAGAAGAUCUGUUGAAAAUGCUACUGAUGAGCAUCGGAAUGUACAGAAUGGAAGUGACCGGGGAAGGUCAUCUGACUCUGAGGGUAGAAUGGUCGAUGAAAGUUUCAAUGAAAUAGAAGAAAUACCACUGGAUCGUGUAGCAGUAGAUGAUAAUGGAUCCAGGGCUAGUGGAAGAAGAUCUGUUGAAAAUGCUACUGAUGAGCAUCGGAAUGUACAGAAUGGAAGUGACCGGGGAAGGUCAUCUGACUCUGAGGGUAGAAUGGUCGAUGAAAGUUUCAAUGAAAUAGAAGAAAUACCACUGGAUCGUGUAGCAGUAGAUGAUAAUGGAUCCAGGGCUAGUGGAAGAAGAUCUGUUGAAAAUGCUACUGAUGAGCAUCGGAAUGUACAGAAUGGAAGUGACCGGGGAAGGUCAUCUGACUCUGAGGGUAGAAUGGUCGAUGAAAGUUUCAAUGAAAUAGAAGAAAUACCACUGGAUCGUGUAGCAGUAGAUGAUAAUGGAUCCAGGGCUAGUGGAAGAAGAUCUGUUGAAAAUGCUACUGAUGAGCAUCGGAAUGUACAGAAUGGAAGUGACCGGGGAAGGUCAUCUGACUCUGAGGGUAGAAUGGUCGAUGAAAGUUUCAAUGAAAUAGAAGAAAUACCACUGGAUCGUGUAGCAGUAGAUGAUAAUGGAUCCAGGGCUAGUGGAAGAAGAUCUGUUGAAAAUGCUACUGAUGAGCAUCGGAAUGUACAGAAUGGAAGUGACCGGGGAAGGUCAUCUGACUCUGAGGGUAGAAUGGUCGAUGAAAGUUUCAAUGAAAUAGAAGAAAUACCACUGGAUCGUGUAGCAGUAGAUGAUAAUGGAUCCAGGGCUAGUGGAAGAAGAUCUGUUGAAAAUGCUACUGAUGAGCAUCGGAAUGUACAGAAUGGAAGUGACCGGGGAAGGUCAUCUGACUCUGAGGGUAGAAUGGUCGAUGAAAGUUUCAAUGAAAUAGAAGAAAUACCACUGGAUCGUGUAGCAGUAGAUGAUAAUGGAUCCAGGGCUAGUGGAAGAAGAUCUGUUGAAAAUGCUACUGAUGAGCAUCGGAAUGUACAGAAUGGAAGUGACCGGGGAAGGUCAUCUGACUCUGAGGGUAGAAUGGUCGAUGAAAGUUUCAAUGAAAUAGAAGAAAUACCACUGGAUCGUGUAGCAGUAGAUGAUAAUGGAUCCAGGGCUAGUGGAAGAAGAUCUGUUGAAAAUGCUACUGAUGAGCAUCGGAAUGUACAGAAUGGAAGUGACCGGGGAAGGUCAUCUGACUCUGAGGGUAGAAUGGUCGAUGAAAGUUUCAAUGAAAUAGAAGAAAUACCACUGGAUCGUGUAGCAGUAGAUGAUAAUGGAUCCAGGGCUAGUGGAAGAAGAUCUGUUGAAAAUGCUACUGAUGAGCAUCGGAAUGUACAGAAUGGAAGUGACCGGGGAAGGUCAUCUGACUCUGAGGGUAGAAUGGUCGAUGAAAGUUUCAAUGAAAUAGAAGAAAUACCACUGGAUCGUGUAGCAGUAGAUGAUAAUGGAUCCAGGGCUAGUGGAAGAAGAUCUGUUGAAAAUGCUACUGAUGAGCAUCGGAAUGUACAGAAUGGAAGUGACCGGGGAAGGUCAUCUGACUCUGAGGGUAGAAUGGUCGAUGAAAGUUUCAAUGAAAUAGAAGAAAUACCACUGGAUCGUGUAGCAGUAGAUGAUAAUGGAUCCAGGGCUAGUGGAAGAAGAUCUGUUGAAAAUGCUACUGAUGAGCAUCGGAAUGUACAGAAUGGAAGUGACCGGGGAAGGUCAUCUGACUCUGAGGGUAGAAUGGUCGAUGAAAGUUUCAAUGAAAUAGAAGAAAUACCACUGGAUCGUGUAGCAGUAGAUGAUAAUGGAUCCAGGGCUAGUGGAAGAAGAUCUGUUGAAAAUGCUACUGAUGAGCAUCGGAAUGUACAGAAUGGAAGUGACCGGGGAAGGUCAUCUGACUCUGAGGGUAGAAUGGUCGAUGAAAGUUUCAAUGAAAUAGAAGAAAUACCACUGGAUCGUGUAGCAGUAGAUGAUAAUGGAUCCAGGGCUAGUGGAAGAAGAUCUGUUGAAAAUGCUACUGAUGAGCAUCGGAAUGUACAGAAUGGAAGUGACCGGGGAAGGUCAUCUGACUCUGAGGGUAGAAUGGUCGAUGAAAGUUUCAAUGAAAUAGAAGAAAUACCACUGGAUCGUGUAGCAGUAGAUGAUAAUGGAUCCAGGGCUAGUGGAAGAAGAUCUGUUGAAAAUGCUACUGAUGAGCAUCGGAAUGUACAGAAUGGAAGUGACCGGGGAAGGAAGGCUAGUGGCAGAAGAUCUGUGGUUCACUUCGAUUUAGAAGAUUCGGGUGACGGAGUUGUUGAUAUUUGUACGCGUGAUUUGCAGGAUAGAGCCUUCGAGGGUUCCGUACAUCAUUCUGAUGGUCAUAGUACUAUGAUGGUGAAUAAAUGUUGCAGUGGAACCAGAGGAAGUUCCGUAGAUGUUAUAAGGUUUACUGAUCUUGGCCUUAGAAGUAGUGGGAGUUCUGUUGAAGAUUUUUCUCACGAUUAUCCAACAGGUGCAUCAGAUGAUGUGUUGAUGCGAAUGUACACCAUAAUUAAUCGAUUGCUUGUACAUCUAAUCGAAUUUGGAUUAACUGGAAAUUCAAUGUCCGAAUCGAAUUUGGCAAACGAUCAGCAUAAAUUUAGUAAGAUGACCAAAAUCCUUUCAGAAUUCCUUAUCAGUUGUUCUUUAGAUGCUGCAUUGUUGAGAGAGAAAUUCUCACAAAUGUAUAAAAUACUUUUGCGAUCAUUUGACUGGUACCACUGUCAGGAUAAACGUUCUUCAUUGAUUUCUAUUGAAAAUUUGCAACCACUCUACUUGGAGACAGAGGAUUUCUAUGAAAGUCAUAGUCAAGUAGACAUUUUGUAUCAAUGCCAAUCAGCGUUUCACUGUAUUGUUACACGAAUAAAUAGAUGUGUUACAAUGAUUACUUCUAAUCUGAAGUCAAUAAACCUCGAAGAUUCCAUGGUUAUUCCUAAAGCACCAUUAUCGACAACUGCUAAUGAGGAUAGGAUUUCGGAAACCAAUGACUUGUCAUUGUCUACACUGUUUGAUGAAUUGUCGGAAAAAUGGAUACAUUUUGAGAAUUUGUUAAAAUCGUAUCGGGCUUUCAUGGAAUCACAUUUGGAAUCUAGUUAUCAGUGUAUAGUAUCAUUGGAAAAACGAUCAACGAAUGCUCGACUGUGUGGUGAAGUCACAUCGUUUUUGAAUGAAGAACCUCAAACAAAUGAAGUAAAGUGUAUCAGUGAUGAGAAACACUCAGAGGACAGUGAACCUGGAAUGGUGGAAGGAACUUUACAUGAAAUGAAUGAGAUUUCCCUGGAUCCCGUAAGAGUAGAUAACAAUGAAUCUAAAGCUAGUAGUAGAUCUGUUGAAAAUUGUGCUCAUGAUUAUCCGAUUGAUUUGUCUGCUGAUCGGUUGAACGAAAUGUACACGAUAAUUGAUCGAUUACUUGUACACUUAAUCGAAUUUGGAUUAACAGGAAACGCAAUGUCCAAAGUCGAUUUGACAAAUGAUCAUCAUAAAUACUGUAUGAUGACUAAUAAGCUUUCGGAAUUCCUAGUCAAUUGUUCUUUAGAUCCUACACUGCUGAAAGAGAAAUUCUCAGAAAUAUAUAAAACACUAUUGAGAUCAUUCCAACCAUACUACUGUCGAAAUCAACAUUCUUCAUUGAUUUCUAUUGAGAGAUUACAGUCGGGCAACUUGAUAAGUGAGAACAUCUUUGACACAAACAAUCAAACAAAAGUGUUGUAUGAAUAUCAACUAUCGUUUUAUUGCAUUGUAACGCUGAUAAAUAGAUUUGUUCCAAUGAUUACUUCUUACUUAAAGUCAAUAAACCUCAAAGAUUCAGUGGUUAUUCCAAAAUCACCAUUAUUGACAGCUACUGAUGUGGAUGGGAUUUUCGAAACCGAUGACUUUUCAUUGUCUACACUGUUUGAUGAAUUGUCGGAAAAAUGGAUAUAUUUUGAGAAUUUGAUAAACUCGUAUCGGUCAUUUAUGGAAUCACAUUUGGAAUCUAGUUAUCAGUGUAUAGUAUCAUUGGAAAAACGAUCAACGAAUGCUCGACUGUGUGGUGAAGUCACAUCGUUUUUGAAUGAAGAACCUCAGACAAAUGAAGUAAAGUGUAUCAGUGAUGAGAAACACUCAGAUGACGUUGAACCUCAAAUGGUUGAAGAUGCUAUAAAUGAAAUGAAAAACCCAAGGGUUGAUUACGUUGGAGUAGAUAAUAGUUUAUCUGGCAAUCGUGAAAAUUCUGUUACAAAUUUUCAGUUUGAUGUUCCAAAUUCAGAAUCCGUUGGUGUACAUGAACAUUCUUUAUACAAAAAUGUCGGAAUUGUGGAAACGUGCAGUGUAAAUGAUGUGAUUUCAGUGGAUCCCGUGAAAUUCAAUAACCAAGAAAUUAUAGAUAGUGUGAAAAGAUCUGUUGAAAAUGCUACUGAUGAGCAUCGGAAUGUACAGAAUGGAAGUGACCGGGGAAGGAAGGCUAUUGGCAGAAGAUCUGUGGUUCACUUCGAUUUAGAAGAUUCGGGUGACGGACCUGUCGAUAUUUGUACGCGUAAUUUGCAGGAUACAGCCUACGACGGUUCCGUCCAACAUUCUGAUGAUCAUAGUACUAGGAUAGUGAAUAUAUGUUGCAGUGAAACGAGAGGAAAUUCAGUUGAUGUUCUAAGGGUUACUGAUCAUGGCUCUAGAAGUAGUGGGAGUUCUAUUGAAGAUUUUUCUCACGAUUAUCCAACAGGUGCAUCAGAUGAUGUGUUGAUGCGAAUGUACACCAUAAUUAAUCGAUUGCUUGUACAUCUAAUCGAAUUUGGAUUAACUGGAAAUUCAAUGUCCGAAUCGAAUUUGGCAAACGAUCAGCAUAAAUUUAGUAAGAUGACCAAAAUCCUUUCAGAAUUCCUUAUCAGUUGUUCUUUAGAUGCUGCAUUGUUGAGAGAGAAAUUCUCACAAAUGUAUAAAAUACUUUUGCGAUCAUUUGACUGGUACCACUGUCAGGAUAAACGUUCUUCAUUGAUUUCUAUUGAAAAUUUGCAACCACUCUACUUGGAGACAGAGGAUUUCUAUGAAAGUCAUAGUCAAGUAGACAUUUUGUAUCAAUGCCAAUCAGCGUUUCACUGUAUUGUUACACGAAUAAAUAGAUGUGUUACAAUGAUUACUUCUAAUCUGAAGUCAAUAAACCUCGAAGAUUCCAUGGUUAUUCCUAAAGCACCAUUAUCGACAACUGCUAAUGAGGAUAGGAUUUCGGAAACCAAUGACUUGUCAUUGUCUACACUGUUUGAUGAAUUGUCGGAAAAAUGGAUACAUUUUGAGAAUUUGUUAAAAUCGUAUCGGGCUUUCAUGGAAUCACAUUUGGAAUCUAGUUAUCAGUGUAUAGUAUCAUUGGAAAAACGAUCAACGAAUGCUCGACUGUGUGGUGAAGUCACAUCGUUUUUGAAUGAAGAACCUCAAACAAAUGAAGUAAAGUGUAUCAGUGAUGAGAAACACUCAGAGGACAGUGAACCUGGAAUGGUGGAAGGAACUUUACAUGAAAUGAAUGAGAUUUCCCUGGAUCCCGUAAGAGUAGAUAACAAUGAAUCUAAAGCUAGUAGUAGAUCUGUUGAAAAUUGUGCUCAUGAUUAUCCGAUUGAUUUGUCUGCUGAUCGGUUGAACGAAAUGUACACGAUAAUUGAUCGAUUACUUGUACACUUAAUCGAAUUUGGAUUAACAGGAAACGCAAUGUCCAAAGUCGAUUUGACAAAUGAUCAUCAUAAAUACUGUAUGAUGACUAAUAAGCUUUCGGAAUUCCUAGUCAAUUGUUCUUUAGAUCCUACACUGCUGAAAGAGAAAUUCUCAGAAAUAUAUAAAACACUAUUGAGAUCAUUCCAACCAUACUACUGUCGAAAUCAACAUUCUUCAUUGAUUUCUAUUGAGAGAUUACAGUCGGGCAACUUGAUAAGUGAGAACAUCUUUGACACAAACAAUCAAACAAAAGUGUUGUAUGAAUAUCAACUAUCGUUUUAUUGCAUUGUAACGCUGAUAAAUAGAUUUGUUCCAAUGAUUACUUCUUACUUAAAGUCAAUAAACCUCAAAGAUUCAGUGGUUAUUCCAAAAUCACCAUUAUUGACAGCUACUGAUGUGGAUGGGAUUUUCGAAAGCGAUGACGUGUCAUUGAUUACACUGUUUGAUGAAUUGUCGGAAAAAUGGAUAUAUUUUGAGAAUUUGAUAAACUCGUAUCGGUCAUUUAUGGAAUCACAUUUGGAAUCUAGUUAUCAGUGUAUAGUAUCAUUGGAAAAACAAUCAACGAAUGCUCAACUGUGUGGUGAAGUCACAUCGUUUUUGAAUGAAGAACCUCAGACAAAUGAAGUAAAGUGUAUCAGUGAUGAGAAACACUCAGAUGACGGUGAACCUCAAGGAAUUAAUGAAUCUUUGAAUGAAGUAGUUGAACUUACUGCGUCUGAACAACUUAUUUCAACAAAACCAGUGAAACAUUCGAAAUUCUCUUGUCUAUCAUGUAAAAGUUUCGGUUGUGGACCAUUCCGAAAACAUUCAUCACGUCAUAAUCAUUCACGUAAACGUGAAUAAUCAAUUAUCUCUUAGUAAUAAUAUCACGAUAUAAAUCUAUUCAAACCAUAUUGGAAUGAUUGAGUAGGAGAUCGACACCAAUAAAAAUAACACACUAUUUUAAAUUCUAUUGCCAAACAAUUCGAUGCUUAUCAAGGUAAAUCUUCAAGCUUUUCCAUGUGAAGAAAAGCAACAAUCAUGACUGGAAGAAUGUAAACAUGAUGGCAAUGGUCAUUUAAUAAUGAUCGAUCUCCAGGGAUAAAGAUUGUUUGCCGCUACCACCACUGGUGACGACAACAAUUAAGAAUUCAUUUUGCAAGUGUCAUUUCUCAUAACGCUGGUGGUCGAUGAACGUUUUGUUGUACAUCCAUCCAGAAAACGAAGUUCCGUUUCCAUAUUUUAUGAGGACAUUAAAAUCAGUUUUUAACAAAUCUAAUGAAUACUUGGUAUUAUAAAAAUUAGGAGAAUAAAAGAAAAUCGGAGCACAAAUCAGAGAGUGGUUUCAUAGAGCAACGCUUGUUCGAUUCACAAGAACGAAACUCAACUCGUGGUCUUUAUGAAAUACGGAAGAUACUGGCGAAAAACGACCGUGUUUUGGCAACGUUAAAUCGACAACAGAUGGGAGUCAACGGUGCACUGAACUACUCUUCUUCUUUCUUUUGUUUACAUCAUUAGUUAAGGAGUGAUUGUUUUUCUCUUCAAAUUGUCCAGUUUUCCCAUUCGAUAGCAUUCACAUUGAACUUGUCCAUAUAACACUCAUCAUCAUUGACAGCAUCAUGUUUAUCUGUAACCUUAUAUUUGAUUUCAUAGCAUGCAUUUAAGUUUUCUAUCUAUCAUGUGUAUGCUUACUUUGCUUGUGUGAUGAUUUUUACUUUUUAUUCUGUCAAAGUUGAUAGCACCAUUUCAUUUACAAGUCCAC